GGGACUUAACCUAAAAUUUGACUACAAAAUGCAAUUUUUGUUUUUGGAGAAAUCUGAAACUUCAGGCAUAGAAGAAAGCCAUGACAUGAGUUUUUAAGACUAAUUUGCUUUAUUUUGUUGCCUACGAUAAGUUUUCUGCAAGCUAGUAAAAAAAUAUUUUUGGUUACCAUGGCAACGCAACGUAGCAUCUUUCAGUCUUGCUCCAAUUUGAAGCCCGAAAGUCCAUCCAAUUCCUAGAAUUUCCUCAGUAUUUUCAAGAGGAAGCUAUAUGACCCCUUACAUGAAGUAUAGCUAGUCGGAGGUGGCGUGAGAUUGAAAGCUGGCGUGUUUUCAACUGUGGAGAUACUGUGAGAGCGAGAUUCGAGUUUUAUAUCAGCGAAGUUUUUGUCUAAAAUGCCAGGAGGGAAGAAGAAUACUGUAUAUAGAAGAAAGCGGAAAGGAAAGCCUUUUACUGGAGUGCAGAGAUACGCAAGGAAAGCGAAGAAAAUGCCGCGUGCGGAUAGAGAAGUCACAAACUCAGCAUCGAGUUCCUCGUGUGAUGAGGCUCUGUCAGAUGCCGAAAGUGCUUCCAUCAGUGCUUCGAGACUCAAAAUGAGACCAGAAGAUUCACCAGAUAGUUCAUCAAAGAUUUCUGAUGUAAAUGAUUUUCAGGGAGAGGGAUACAGACUUGUAGACCUCAAGAAAUUAUAUGCCACGUUGUCUGAAGCACAUGUGUGCGAGGAAGGGAGUUUAACUCUGAAGGAGAAUUCUUCUGGGAGAAAUGGGCUAAUGGCAGACCUCUCUGUGGA